AACGACCGCCGCCGCUGUGCGCAGCCUGGCGCAGCUCGCUGCUGCUUCUCUGGCGGCUGUGUGGUGUUGGUCCCCGAUACAUAUGUUCCGCCGUGUCCCCGCUACCACGAUUGACGGACAUUACGCGCACAGCUGUGUCACUGCACCCCGAUUGAUGCAGCGAAACGUGGUACCCUCAGCAGCAGCGCAGGCGGCAUGGCUGUCCGUUCCUCGUGGAGCCCGUAAACAGCGACUCGCCCGGCUGCCGGGAUGCGCCGAGUCCACCAUCCGAUGGCAAAGUCACAGGAGGACAUGGCGACAGCCCUGGUGCGCCUGCUGCCCCGGAUCACUGUCAUCGCACUGUGCCUCCUGUUCGGCUACGGACUGCUGUACCGGCCGCUUAGCUUCGGUAGCCUCGCGGGCAGGCCCCGCCCGGACAUGUCCUGGCUCCUUGCGCAGCAGGACAUCCGCCAGCUCAUCUCGAACGGGUCGCUGCUCCUCAGCCCCAAGGACCCGUGCCCUUCCUUCUUGGCGGUCGUCAUCUGUUCGGCCGUGAACAACUUCGUGGCCAGAAGGGCCAUCCGCGACACCUGGGGACAGGACGCCAGGUCGCCUCUGGUCCGCGCCUUCUUUCUGCUGGGACGCACCGACAAUGAGACGCUGCAGGAAGACGUGGUCCGCGAAAGCAGGCUCUUCGGCGACGUCAUUCAGGCCGACUUCAUGGACACCUACAACAACCUGACGGUCAAGUCUGUGGUGCUGCUGAAGUGGACCGGCCAGCAGUGUCCCCAGACGAGGUACAUCCUCAAGACGGACGACGACAUGUACGUGAACGUGCCCAACCUCGUGUCGUAUCUUAACAAGAAGGGCGGCCGCAAGAUGCUCCUGGGUUGCCUCAUCAGCGGCGCGACUCCCAUCCGCGACUGGACGUCCAAGUGGUACGUGCCGCCGUUCGUGUACCCGCAUCACACGUACCCGGACUACCUUUCCGGCACGGGGUACGUGAUGUCCGGGGACGUGUUGGGACAGCUGUUCAGGACAGCGUUGGAGACUCCUUUCUUCUACAUGGAGGACAUCUUCGUCACCGGCAUGGUGGCGCAGAAGGUGGGCAUCAAGCCCGUCAAUUACGACGCCUUCAAGUUUUACAAGCGGAAGAAUAACCCGUGCGUGUUUCGGAAACUCAUCACGGCGCACAUCAUGACUCCUUCGGAACUGAGGAGCAUGUGGAGCAGAGUGCGUGAUCGGAGGAUCAAGUGCUCCUGAUUAGGUUGAAGGGGUGCCCCACCUUCCUGGAGGGGUGCCCUGGUUUUACUUAAAAAAAACGACCCUCUGCUCAGGAUGGGUUCAUCCUGCUCUUCGAGACGCUUUCAGCGACGACCGAGUGCUCUGUGCGGGUCAAGCAGAGGCGUCAACCAGCUAUGGCGUGUGUUCUGGUCAUCGAUCGUUCGGAUGUUGAUGGCCGUGGUCCCGCAGUGCCGAGAGUGGCGCGAUUCAGCAUUCUCCGAGUGGUGGUUUACCACAGUCUUUGCUGCUUUUCAUCAUUAGCAACUCCACUUGCUGUCCAUGGCAUUUAGGACGGGGGAAACGAAUCUGUGAGAUUUGCUUAGAAAAAGCGAGUCUUGUGCUUUUGAGCAAACUGACUUCGUCGGUUGCUUAAAUCGGCAGUAGGAAUGUAUAAUACCUUGAGGUCGGUAAGCCAAUUUUAGAAAGCAGGUUUCUUUGUGAUACGGUGAAGAAGACGAGUCGGCGCGACACUGAAUAGCUUUCUGAUGGAAGCGAAAGAGCACCUCGUGAUGCGAAUUGACAUAGUAGACUCGAGUGUGUCUUUUUAUGCAUGACUUGAGCAAUGUUACAAAUGGCUCGCAUUUUCUGCCCAUGUGAUGGAGAUACUUGUAGCGCGUUAAAACGAGGUUUAGACUGAGAGAGAAUAACGAAUGCAGUGUUUGGCUUGUCUUUUUUUUUUUUUUUUUUUAAUAUAUAUAUAUAUAUAUGCUCCGGAAGAACAUGCACUCAGGCGAAUACCACUUUUUGUGUUUGAAAAAGAAAAGGUUAGUGACAGGACUGAACGUGGUGCGUUCGCAUCGUGAGGCAGUGGAAAUGUUCACUUAGGUACAGAACGCGACACAGUUAGCACGAACAAGCGAUCGACGGUGUUUUGCGUAUUUUUCUAGGAAUGGAAAUUAGGUCACGAAGACUCAAUCUGAUCAUCUUGGGCACCGAACUAGGCGGGAAAGUGUGGCGUUCGUCAACAACCUUGCUGUAUAAAACGCGAAAAAGCACCAAUGUCGUGUUCGGGCUCACUGCGUCACGCAGUGUACUAAUUUUUAGAAUAAUAUUUUUUUUCCUUAUUUUGUGUAACGUCAAAAGCGAACCAGGGUCAAUAUCGCUGACUCUGUGGUCACAGACUUCGUCACAAAAUGAGCUUUUAACUCAACAUAGUGAUAGCCGUUCGUACGUAUAUCAGAGUACUCCAGGAACAAACAUUUUCGUUAGUGGUUUCGGAGAGCCGUGGUGUUCCCAGUGUAUGAUAAUCUGCCCAACGUCCCUGCCCGUCUGUUGGUAGGUAGAUCUAGAGCCACUGCGUACGGCAGCUUAGCUGCCAGAGUAACGCCACGCUUUUCUCCGGGCCACCUCGCCAAGAUUGGUCAAAGAAUAGGAGGACAUGUGUAAACACGGAGAAGUGUCCGAGCUUGCCCAGUUUCCAUGACAACUGAAAAUUAUCGAUCGCGCUUGAACAGGAUUUGGCCGUCAUCUGCCACUGCCUCCGGAUGCACAAGGGCUUUCCAAACAGGGCGCAGCAAAUGCCGUGCACGGCAGUAAAAGCGUGCGCGAAGCUGGGGUGCGCGCUUCCGUCUUCAAUGAAGACUUCAACCACGCAAACAGCACGACUUUCCUCCUCGCUGUUGUCUCUUUCUCUUCCUUGUUUUCGGGCUAUUGGGGACCGAGAACAACGGAGGCCUAGACAACAGCCAGCAGAGCUUCUGAGUGGCUGGCCAGAGCUACGUGGUGGGCACGCUUCAAGCCCCUAUCCAAGGACAAAAACAAAUAAUACCUUUCACCCCCCCCCCCCCCCCCCCCAAAAAAAAAAAAAAAGUAUUGAAGUGAAUUAGAAUUGAGGGAAACCUCCAUUUUCGGUACAGCAAGUUCCGUGCACGGCAUCUGCUGUUUGGAUAGCCCUUCAAAUAGGUGCCCUUUCCCACGCACAAAGUUCGCUGUCCACCAACUGUCCAAAGGAAACUUCCAACUAACAAGGUCCAACUGUCGUUUUUAUCCCACUUUAAUAAUCAGCCUAAUAUGCGCAUUUCCACACCACACCUUUCUCAGCCCGCAUCAACGUGCUCGAAUAAAUAUAGCGAUAAAACUAUUUAACACAGCUGUUAGCGAUACGGUUGGCAUGGUGACCUUAAAGACCGAAACGGCAAAAAUGGAGAUACCAUCAAUGCUUCUGGCGCAGUGAGUCUAUAGUACGUCCCUUUGCCUAUGCAGUACCAUUGCCCUGGCAUCUAUGAAUGCCGUAUACAGAGGCGCUAGGUAGGUCUGACAUAGCUCCGGAUUCCCCCGAAAGUGCUGCAUUUGUAUUACAAACCUGAUGAUUCUCUUUUUAUUCUAUGCUUCUUUUUUCUUCCACCGCAAUGUUACAAAUAUGGAACAACUACUUGAAAAUCUUUUGUCCGCAGUCGCCGCAGGACGUGGCAAUUUCCCUACCAUCUGGCCUUGUUGGCACCCGAGGAGAACACAGAAAAGGCCCCGAGUGUACAGUUUAACGCGCUGCGCUCAUAACACCAAUCAUUGACCAAUCAUUGACCCUCUUUUGAUAAAAUGAGGCUCGUUCUUCCUUCCUUCCUUAUUGGCUAGUCUGAUCGAAAGAAAAUCUAUGAUUGGUGUUCUGAGUGCAUCGCGGGGCAUUGUACAAUCAGGUGCUAUUGAAAAUGUAUCGGUCUAUGCCGAUAUUGCACUCUAAAACAUCCGGAGGGUCUCCUUUUCCCGCCAAGCACUCGUAGACUGUUUUGUCUUCAGGUUCAAACGUAAUUACAGCCUCGUCCUUAGCCGUGGGUUCCAGCGCUUAGUUCUCCUAAGUGCUUUGCGGGAGUGCAGACAUUCCAGAUUUCUUAGGGUGUUACAAAAACAGAUCUUACGAAAUUAUGAACAUGCAUAUUCCUACUCGCAUAAUAUAUUAACGAAUUUUAGAAUCUCGCGGCCGCAGUGUUCUGCCAGAAUACCUUCUCUCUCACUAUUGCCGGCCUCGGCAUGCGUUUAUACGAGUACGAAUUUACGAGGAUAUUUUUAGCGUUACACUAUUUUACCCCUGGUACUGAAUCUCUUGCAGGGCUCACGAGGAUUCGCCUUUUUUCUGUCGUGGCUAACUGCUUCCGUAAACACUGCUUUCAAGGUCUAGUGUAGUAGUUACUUUUAUUAAAUCAUUAAAUCAACAACGCCUCUACGCUUUUUUGUUUGUUUGUCCGUAGUACACAGUAGCGAAUAGGUCCGCGAAACGGCAAAACAAGACGAUCAGCCUGAGCUGUAUAUCUACGAUUCUGGAUUGGGCGGAGGAAAGCAGAAAAGCGUAGCUCAAUUGUGUUCAGAAAAUGGCCGAGUGGAAGCACGCGAUAGCGUUGCAGUAUAUUGCCGCAAGUUCCGUGAAAACUGUUUUAAUUUGUUUUUUUCUCAAACUUUUGGAAGAAUGCAGAUCUUGAAAGUGCAUCCUCUUAUAUUUGACUAAACGUUCUAGAUGGAAUGUGGAAAACGGAAAACGUUUUUGUUUGAUUUCAUUUUUUAUGGUAAUCGAAAUGUUCGAAAACGUUUUUAUUCAAAGUAUGUCGUCUCUUAGUACAACUACAUGGAAGACUUCGUACAAUGCGAAAUUUGGAAGGAUUCAAUUCAAAUAAACAAAUUUGGGUGACUCUCCAACAUUUUAACCACUGAAUAUGUACCAGGCUUUGAGGUUGAUCGUGUCUCCCUUAAAACGCGCUUUCACCAAAACGCGAAUCUGGUACAAAAAAAAAAAAAAAUCUAGCUGUGCUCGAUAUUUAUCAGCAUUCGCACUUGCCGACGGUUUGCAUUUGGGCUUCUCUCGAUUUUUGAGUGAACUCAAAUGAAUGCCACCACGUUUUCUAUCUUGAAUCUGACAAGAACAUUCGUUUCCUGCUGUGGACGAAUUCUGAGAGCAUUAAUAUUUUAUACUUUUAACAAACAGAUAUGGUUUUAAUGCCACGUCUACACUUCAUUUGUUCUGCCCACUAUUGCUGUUUAACUUUCCUCACUUAAUAAUAAUAAAAACAACUUUUACAAAGUAAGCUUUUUUUUUUUUUUUUGCUAUAGUAAACAUAGUCCGUCGUGACAGACGGCUGGAAUGAACAAAUAACAAAGCGAGCGUUAUGACUCGAACGUGAUUGUACUCAGCGCUACGCUCUGAGUGGUCCUUGAGGGCACACCAGACCGUGGUUCACUCGAAACACCAGUUCAGUCAAUGAGAGGUGGCGACCAGUGUCGCACUCCGGCGUUAAUGCAGUUUCAUUAGCAAACAUCAACAGCACCCGAAGGGGUUUGUUGGUUGCUCUAGGAAUGCGCUCUGAAAUUCGCCCAGUCGCCGCAGCGAAGAGAGCGACGAAGUGCUUGUCCCGCCGUCUCUGUCACUUCGGCUCCGCCUCGUUCUUCCGCAGCUCGUUAUGUUCGGCUCGCUGUUGACACUUUCUCGAUUGCCUCUUCCUCGCGAACAGGGGGGGGGGGGGGGGGGGUGGGGGGCUGUUUGGUGGUUGCCUCUCCAAACGUUAUCCGGAGCCGCGCUCCUUUCUUCUCUAUUUUUUUUUUUUUUUUUUUUUUUGAACGCGAAGAGAGCGUUUUUGAACUUCGGGAAAAAGAGGGGCUAGGGGAGAGUAGGAGAAAAAGCAAAUAAAAAGUCUUGACGAGAGGUUCUCUCCACAUCAACUCAUCCAGAGCGAGACGGUCUCGCAGAGGAUGAGGUGGAUGCGCGAGGGAUCGUCGCCUAUUGGGAGAGGGAUAUCGCGGCAGAACUGGCUCUCUCCCCCACGAUCAUGUAAGUUUCUGCGUACGAACAGCACCGGAUUUCGCCGAAAAGGGGGCACAAACAGCUACCGCUGUAAAGGGGGGAGGGGGGGAGGGGAGGGGAAGGGGGGGACACCUUUAUUCGCGAAGACCGCACAACGAUUGGGGUUCGAUAACACUUUCCCUUUCGAUUUGCUAAGCUGAUUAAAAGAUCGAUUUUUACGAGUGCAUCGCGGGACAUCUGAAAGUGCGCCAAUCACCGGCUUUUUAGAAGCGAAUAGACUGUUGCAGUUGCCACGGUCGCUUUGUUUGUGUUCCGUUAUGGGCUGUACUCUUCUUUUUGUAAUGCUUGAGCUAUGUAAAGCCCGGAACAAUUUUUGGCGGGGAGUUAUUCUUCACAUGUCGAAUAGUUUACUCUUGUUUUCUUGUCGUUUCUAGAUCAUCGCUGACCCCGAAGACUCGCAUAUUGCAAACAAAUUAGGUCCCCUGAGUCUCACCGGCUAUUAUUGUUUUGCUCGUUGUCGCCGUCUCUCUUUCUAGAGUGGACCAAGUACUCGGUCGUCGCCAUCGAUAGAUGCGUAAUAAAUGUGAAGGCGCACAAACAUAUGCUUUAUGAAUGUUCUUGAACACCUUAUCGAAAAGGGGCCUAUACUUGGUUUCACCUGAGGUCAAAGGGGAGCCAAACCUUACCAGCCAAAACAACCGAAGACUUGAGCGAAUUGGUCGUACAUUGUAGAGAAUUAAAAGCGCUAAAAUACACGAAGGACAGGUAGAAGAGCGUACAGCGCAAAGCGAUAAAAAUUAAAAGUGUUCUGUGGUGCAGGUCCUCCUACUUGUCUUUCGUGUCUUUUAGCGCUUUUAAUUCUCUCUAAUGUAGCCAAUAAGAUGGAUGGAUGGAUGAAUCCGGCUAAGCCUUUUCGAUCGGGUGGUAGCUUACGCCACCUAGCCAUUUUGUUUUACCAUUUUAGCUUAGGGCAGCGCCAAAAGCGCCACCUCGUGGCGUUCGUUGUCUCGUGCUUGUGUUUUCGACGGAAAAUCCACUCAAGCGCGCAGGGUGCACCAUGACUUUACGCUUUCGUUCUGUGUGUACGUGUUUGUGUGUCUGCAUGGCCGUGACUGCGCUCUGACUUGUGACAUAAUGCAAUAUAGUCGCCUCGCGGCGAUUUUGAAGCACGUCUCUCACUCAUCGAGACUAGCAUGCUUUCGAGAGCUAGUGAUUGCCGCGGAAGAUAUAAUAUAUUGUGAAAGUAAUAAGUAAGUGUGAAUCCAUGGCUUGGAGUUCUUUGUUAUGUUGUUUUUCAGGGGCAUCUGCUAUUGUUAAUUUUGAUCGUGUGCUGUUUUGCCCAUAGAGCUGUACCAGCUACUUCCGUUAUACUCCAUCUCACAAACGUCCGCAAUCUAAACAAAGGCAUGGGCACGAGGGUGUGGCUUCGGAAAAUGCCUCCUUUGCGCGAGUCCUCGUCCAAACAAAAGCAUUCUGCUGAGCUAGGCUCACGCGCCCAUGCCUUUGGUUUUACUGCAGACACUUGUGAGGUGGAGUAUAGUGCAGCGCGAGUGACAAUCAUUGGAAAUUUAGAGUCGGCGUUUGUCCACAAUAAAGGGGGCUUUUCGGGUCUCGUUGAGCCACGACGUUUCACGUUCGGCUCGAAGCAAAAAGAGCCAAAAACAUGGUUUACCUAGUAAAAAAAAAAAGAAAAAAAAAUCCAGAAUAUUAGGGUAUCAAACAAAUAAUGUAGGCCCUGGGCGCCUCUGAAUCCGGUCCCGUGACUCUAGUUAUUUCCGUACUCUCUCCGUUAUGGACUACGGUGCCGACAAGGCGCGCUGUGAUUUCUGAAAAAUGCUAAUCGGAAGCCCUCGCAGAUGCUCGCGGUCUGACACAAAUAUGUAAUACAGCCGGAACGUGCUACCUUUGCUUUGACUAUAGGUAUAGUCUUUCCCAUCAGCCUUCGAUGAAGCUGGCUCAACUGAGUUUGUGGCUCAUUUUGCUUCGAAAACAGCCGACUCGGGGCACAUCGUGAGGGGCGUGAUUGUUCGCUUUUCGCGCGCGCGCGCAUUGAAAACGCCGUCAUUAAGUCCGUUGUUGAAAGAAAAAACGGCCAAGUUUGCAAUUUGAGUACAGCCUUUUGAUUCUAACACGCUGUCUGUCUCUUCGCGUUUUAUGUAAGCUAGCACCUGUCUCCUCGCUCCAUUUGUGGUUUUACGGGCUUGGAGGCAUCUGCAGCGCAGUUUACAUCUGCAUCUGUCUGCUCUCAACGAGCGACAUAAAUUGCGUUGAAUUUAAAGAAAAUGUUUCCUGUAAUGAUUUAUUUCUUCGUAUACGCUGCUCUACUUUUUUUGUUUUUUAGUAUUUUGUUUCAUUAAUCUAGUGUUCCCGUAUGAGAUCCCCCCCCCCCCCCC